CGCACAACAAUCCUACUGUGUACACUGAAAUUCGAUAGCAGAUCAGACCUAACGUGACAAGACUCACCUUCUUACUUUCUUGAAGGUCAUAAGGACGAACAGUUUGAAAAAAUUGUCUUUUAGAAUCAACCAGUAUCGAGACGGAUUUUAUUGAAUAUUUUCAUUCGAUAKCAGAACAGACUUAACGUGACAAGACUGACCUUCUUACUUACUUAAAGGUCAUUAGAACGAACAAUUAAAAAAUUGUCUUUUAGAAUCAACCAGUAUCGAAUAUUUUUAUUAGCUGUGAUACCAUCAAACCAAAAAUGGGACGAAAAUUCUUUGUCGGUGGUAAUUGGAAAAUGAAUGGAACCAAAAAAGAAAUUGACGAAAUUGUUGCAUUUCUUAAAGCCGGUCCAUUGGAUCCCAACGUUGACGUUGUUGUUGGUGUACCAGCUAUUUAUCUGACAUAUGUAAAAGGUAUUUUGCCUAACAAUGUUGAUAUUAGUGCUCAAAAUGCAUAUAAAGUACCUAAGGGAGCUUUUACGGGAGAAAUCAGUCCAGCUAUGCUUCUUGACAAUUCCAUCCCAUGGGUAAUUCUUGGACAUUCUGAACGUAGAAACGUUUUUGGAGAAACGGAUGAAUUGGUUGCAGAUAAAGUUGCCCAUUCAUUGGAAGCUGGAUUGAAAGUAAUUGCUUGUAUUGGAGAAAAAUUAGAAGAACGUGAGGCUGGAAAAACGGAAGAGGUAGUUUUUCGUCAGACGAAAGCUAUUGCAGAUAAAAUAAAAUCGUGGGAUAAUGUUGUACUUGCGUAUGAACCAGUAUGGGCAAUUGGAACAGGUAAAACUGCAACGCCUCAGCAAGCACAAGAAGUUCAUGAAAAAUUGAGAGACUGGUUUACUAAAAAUGUGAAUGCAAACGUUGCUGAAACAGUUCGAAUUAUUUAUGGUGGAUCAGUAACAGCGGGAAAUGCUAAAGAAUUGGCAAAAGAAAAAGACAUUGAUGGAUUUUUAGUAGGAGGUGCUUCUUUGAAACCAGAUUUUGUACAAAUUGUAAACGCCAAGCAGUGAAGAACUUAAAAAACGCUUUGAUGUUUCUCCUUUUCCCAAUUAUAUGUUCCAAAGAAAUAUAUAUCAUUGGAACUUUGUUAAAAUUCUAA